CGCGGGCCGGCGGCGGCGCGAGGUGGGCCCGGCCCUGCGCUGCCCUCGACAGCGGCAAGUUUGGGAGUUGCACUAGUUUGCGGGGUGGGGGAGAGGCCGGGCGGCGGGCCAUGGAGGAGGACCGGGGGUCGGCGCUCGCGGCCGAGUCGGCGCUGGAGAAGAACGUGGCGGAGCUGACCGUCAUGGACGUGUACGACAUCGCGUCGCUCGUGGGCCACGAGUUCGAGCGGGUCAUCGAUCAGCACGGCUGCGAGGCCAUCGCGCGCCUCAUGCCCAAGGUCGUGCGUGUCCUGGAGAUCCUGGAGGUGCUGGUCAGCCGCCACCACGUCGCGCCCGAGCUGGACGAGCUGCGCCUCGAGCUGGACCGGCUGCGCCUGGAGAGGAUGGACCGCAUCGAGAAGGAGCGCAAGCACCAGAAGGAGCUGGAGCUGGUGGAGGACGUGUGGCGAGGGGAGGCGCAGGACCUGCUCUCCCAGAUCGCCCAGCUGCAGGAGGAGAACAAGCAGCUCAUGACCAACCUCUCCCACAAGGACGUCAGCUUCUCUGAGGACGAGUUCCAGAAGCACGAGGGCAUGUCGGAGCGCGAGCGGCAGGUGAUGAAGAGGCUGAAGGAGGUGGUGGACCAGCAGCGCGACGAGAUCCGCGCCAAGGACAGGGAGCUGGGCCUGAAGAACGAGGAUGUCGAGGCUCUACAGCAGCAGCAGACGCGGCUGAUGAAGAUCAACCACGACCUGCGGCACCGCGUCACGGUGGUGGAAGCCCAGGGGAAGGCCCUGAUCGAGCAGAAGGUAGAACUGGAGGCAGAUCUGCAGACCAAGGAGCAGGAGAUGGGCAGCCUGCGGGCAGAGCUCGGGAAGCUGCGAGAGAGGCUGCAGGGCGAGCUCAGCCAGAACGGGGAGGGGGAACCCGAGACGGAGCCGGGCGGCGAGGAGAGUGUCUCAGAGGCGGAGAAGGCGGCCGUGGAUCUCAAGGACCCCAACCGCCCCCGCUUCACGCUGCAGGAGCUGCGGGACGUGCUGCACGAGAGGAACGAGCUCAAGUCCAAGGUGUUUCUGUUGCAGGAGGAGCUGGCGUACUAUAAGAGUGAAGAAACAGAAGAGGAAAAUCGAAUACCCCAGCCUCCACCCAUCGCGCACCCGAGAAUGUCCCCCCAGCCGGAGUCUGGGAUCAAGCGACUGAUCUUUACAGCCAUAAUGCCCAUGGUAGCAGCUGGACUGAUAAUAGAUGAUCCCACACUGCAGCCUGUCCGACGACUUGUGUCCCUUGUUUAGCUUCUUCUCCCGAGAUAAGAAGCGCCUGGCCAACACGCAGAGACACGUGCACAUCCAGGAGUCCUUCGGCCAGUGGGCCAACUCCCACCGCGAUGACGGUUACACAGAGCAAGGACAGGAGGCCCUGCAGCACCUGUGACCGUGGCCCACCUCUGCCCUUGGACCUGAACCACUCGCCGCCGGCGCCUGCAGCAGACCCUGCAGCCUCAGGUGUCACGACCUUGCACACCUCUCGGUUCAGACGCACCCUCAAAACUGAUCCCUCAAACAAACUGUCUGCUUUGAGGAAGCACAAUGACAAACUGAUGCCAAACUCUAAAGAAACGUUUAUUUAUACCCAGGGCUAUCACUGUUUGUAAUAGAUGACUCUGAUCUCUUAGGAUAUAUAUUUAAUAAUACCAUGAGUGGAGGCCAGACUUUUGCAUUAACUUCAGUAACACAAGCUUCUUUAAGCCAAAUACAUCACUUGCCACUAUAAUUGCUGUUUGACUUGCUUUGUAUGAAAUUCUGUGUAGAGGUUUUAUUAUCAUGUUUGUCGUACUGAAGUGGGAGGCAGGGAAGUGGUAGGUUUUCAUUAGUUAUGUUCAUCAGUUCAUGAAAUUGUCGUGGUGGUAGCAUAAUAUAUGGGAUGCAUCGAUUGGAUAAGCAGGGCCUGUGAAGUCACAGGACGAGCUGGCCCGGCGCAGACACAAAGCAACAGAAAAUAUGGACAACAAUCCUCCCACCCAGAAACUGGAGACAACUCUGCAAGAGCUGGUGGUUCUCUAUUGCACCUUGUUACUGAUAAUGCCUCGAGCGUGUAGCAAUGUUCAAGGCGAGUGCCUUGGAAUCAGCUGUGAAUUAUGCAGUACUAACCAAACAAAGUUGCUAAGGAUGAGACAUUGC